CACUGCGGUCCACAGGCAGUCCAAUCAGAGUGAACCGGUGCUAAACUGACCGGAGGAGGGCUGUGAUUUUUAGCACGGUGCUCUCUUGCAUUUUAAAUCCCCCUGUCUGUACAAAAGGGAUAACAAGAGGUUGAAGAGGAGGAGGAGGUGGAGAAGGAGAGGGCAGGGCAGCCUCUGUCAAGACAGCAGCGUAUUCCAUUCAGUUGUAACAAGGAGGGGAGGAGGAUGCAGGCAUAAAGAGGAGGAAAAGAAAGCAGCACCCUUUCAGACACCUGCUGAGAGCUGCGGGCCUGGCCUUUUCUCCUUUUUGUUUUGAUACUCUUUUCAUUUUCUCUGAUUUCCUCUUCCCUCUGACCUGUUUUUUGGGGGACUGGUUUGUGGAACAAGAGCUACUUCGCCUUUUUUUCCCCUCGGUGGUGUUGGUUUUGCAUCAGCUGAGUCAUCAUGUCUGAUCUCAUGCCUCAGAACGAAACCCCCACUCCCACCACCGACAAGAUCACCCAGGCCGCCCGGGAGACCAUUUAUCUGUGCAACUUUCGCGUCUCUGUCGACGGCGAGUGGCUUUGCCUUCGCGAGCUCAACGACAUCUCCCUCACCCCAGACCCAGAGCCGGCCCAUGAAGAUCCCAAGGAUCCCAUUGCAAUCGAAAGGCUUAACUUGAUGAACAUGGCCAAACUGAGCAUCAAGGGCCUGAUCGAGUCGGCUCUCAACCUCGGACGCACACUUGACUCCGACUACGCACCUCUUCAGCAGUUCUUUGUCGUGAUGGAGCACUGUCUGAAACAUGGGUUGAAAACCAAGAAGACGUUCCUGGGGCAGAACAAGUCCUUCUGGGGGGCGUUAGAGCUGGUGGAGAAGUUGACGCCUGAAGCAGGAGAGAUCACAGCCAGUGUAAAAGACCUGCCUGGCCUCAAAACUCCUCUAGGAAGAGGGCGUGCCUGGUUGCGACUGGCCUUGAUGCAGAAGAAACUCUCUGACUACAUGAAGACCAUCAUCAACAGAAAGGACCUGCUCAGUGAAUUCUAUGAGGCGAAUGCGUUGAUGAUGGAGGAGGAGGGAGCUGUCAUCGCCGGGCUGCUCGUGGGACUAAAUGUCAUUGAUGCCAAUCUGUGUAUGAAGGGAGAGGACUUGGACUCUCAGGUCGGGGUGAUUGAUUUUUCAAUGUACCUCAAAGAUGGUGGACACAGUAGUAAGAGUGCAGAGGGUGACGGUCAGAUCACAGCGAUCCUCGAUCAGAAGAAUUAUGUGGAGGAGCUGAACAGACAUUUAAGUGCAUCAGUGAAUAACCUCCAGGCCAAGGUGGACGCUCUGGAGAAGUCCAACACAAAGCUAACAGAAGAGCUCGCUGUGGCAAAUAACAGGAUCAUCACUUUACAAGAAGACGUGGAGCGAGUAAAGGAGGAGAGCUCGUACCAGCUGGAGUCCAGGAAGGCAUCAAGAAGCGACUCAGCACCCGACGGACAAGUGCUGGGAGAAACACGCAAGCAGCUCAAAGAGGAAACUCUGCUUCGAUUGGAUGUGGAGAAGGAGCUGGAGGUGCAGAUCGGGAUGAAGCAGGAGAUGGAGCUGUCCAUGAAGAUGCUGGAGAAAGACAUCUGUGAGAAGCAGGACGCUCUGGUGGAGCUCAGACAGCAGCUGGAAGACCUCCGUGUCAUCAACCAACAGCUGAGCCACAAGUCACAGAGUGCGGACGUCGGCUCUAAACAGAAGAGUGAAGCCAUCGCUCGUCUGGAGGAGAAAAUAAACCAGAUGACCGGGACUGUAAAACAGAUGGAGACCAGAUGCAAACAGGCUGAGAGAGAGCGGGCUCAGGCUGUAGAGGCCAACCGGCUCUUCAAACAGGAGUUUGGGGACAAAAUCGAGAGUCUGCAGGUGGAGGUGGAGCAGCUGAGGAAGCACAGGUCCAAUCUGGAGCUGGAGUUGAGGAAAGAGCGCGAGCGAAGGAGCGAGCAUCAUCUCGACGCUGCGUCCGCACAGUCCAGUAUUCCUCGGAGGGAGAGGAGACUCCCAGAGAACAUACCAAAACGUCCCUCAGAAGCCCCAUCAGUCAGAAGGGAGAAUGACCUUCUGCACACGGGAGCAGAGGACAAAACAAGUCUGAGCUCCAGCUUGUCCUCAAGGUCACAACACGAGGAUGAGCAGGACGAGUCCUUCGGGGAGACCAGUCAGCCUUGCAUCUGCACCAUGUGUGAACAGGACGACUCCGUCCUGAAGACAAAGAUACAGUGUAAGAACUGCAGCGGGGUUUUCUGUGAGAGCUGCGUUUCCAACGAGCUUCCGUUACCUUCCUCCAUUCUCCCAGAGACUGUGUGUACCGCCUGCUUCUCUCUGUUGCUGCAACAAUACGCUUCAACUCCAACAUGAAACCACGCUGCAUUUUACUGCGAGACACGAUGAUCAGACACAUGGAAACCAGACGCAUUCAAUUGUAAAACUGGCACUGCAAAAAUGCACUUUUUGACUUUGAGCCGAGGCGUUAUGAAAGACCUGCGAGGUCUGAACGUGUAAUGUCCAGACAUGUGCCACUGAGCUGUUUGGAGGCAGGUUUUAAUUUUUUCAAAAAUACUAGAGUCGCUGUAAAUCUUCCUUUCUGGCUGCUGUGGUAUUUCUUGAGUGACGCUGCACUCAGCUGUAAAAUGACACCUGGAUGGAGAUUAAUUAUAUAAAAAGACGACUUGAAUCAUCUCAUGCAUUUAAAAACUGACUUUCCACAACGUCCACUAAGUGGAUUAUUGAUUAAGAGGGUCAACUGACAUUAAAAAAAACAAAAAAAAAAAAUUUGCUUUAAAAGAUGAAGGAAAAACCAGACUUUUGUUUUAGUCCCAACUGUUCUCCAUGCUCGCUCUUAAUCAUAUACAGAUCAGUAUAUGAUAUAUUUAAAUCGGAGGAAGCAUGAAGUUUCACACCUUUGACCAAAUACUAUAUUAUACCAUGAUAUUAAACAUGUGUCAAUAUAUUGGGAAAGACUGUAUGGCCUGUCAAAAGCUUUUUUUAUACACUCUAAAAAAACAAACAUACAUUAGUGAUACUCAAAUCUAAUGAGUUAAGAACAUUUGUAAAACUGUAAUGCAGAAUUUAGACUAAAAAUGCAAACAUUUACUAUAUCAAGUCUCUUAUGACAUCAUUAUGAUGGACAGAUCGUCACGUUUUGGUGUUCACACUGUAGAAGAGAGUGGAUUUUGGUGUUCGACAUUUUGGCCGCUGAUUCUGUCUAGCGCAGAGUUAGAUGAGAAGAUUGAUACGACUACGUUAAAUAUGAAGCUACAGUCAGCAGCCGGUUAGCUUAGCUUAGCACAAAGACUGGAAACGGGGGGAAACUGCUAGCCUGGCCAAAGGGAACAAAAUCCACCUACCAACACCUCUAAAGCUGAUCAACGCGUUAUAUAUUCUUUGUUUAAUAUGUAGCAACACUUAAAAGUGUGAACAUGAUUGAUAGAGAGGGACUAUUUCUUGACCCUGAGCAGUAAUUUCCUGGAGUGUUGAAUGUGUUUAAUUAGUGAGCUUUAGCUGAUCGGUAGCUUUCGACUGAGCCAGGUAGUCUUUAUGCUAAGCUAACAGGCUGCUGGCUGGAGCUUCUUAUUUAACGUACAGACAUAAGCGUAUUUCCCAAAAUGUCGGACUAUUCCUUUAAGUUUACAAAGCUGAAUAUUCUGGGUAAAAUAUUUAUUCACUGUUGUGUUCUGUAUUAGUUAGAAGUGGCAUUAACACAAUGGUUUAAAGAGUUUGGUUUAUCUCAAACGGCAGUUAAAUCAUAAAAUCCAACAUUCAGAUAUUUAGAUUAUAUUAACUUUUUUUUUUCCCGGGGCGUCUUAACAUUACGACACUUUUAAAAGCAUGGCUCUCUGCCUGACUGCUUGGAAUAUUGCGUAUCGCUGCAUCUGUAUAACAGCUGUUUUUAUGUUUUGUUGAUUUAUACUAAGAAUAAUUAGAAGUUUAGUUGUUCUUGUUGAAGCUAAUUAACACGUGAGAUGGAAAUGCUUGUUGAUCAACAAUAAACUUUUAUUAAAUCUUA